UCGGGGCUGGGUCAUGGCCGGGACUGGGCGGGAGGCCGGUGCGGCCGAGAACACGGGUUUUGAGGAUUUGAGCGACUCGGAGUUCCCGGACUUUUCGGAGCUAGGAGACAUUGAAGAACUUGGCUCUUCUUUGGGAAACCCCAGAAAGGAAGUGGACGCCCAGGGGCCAUGGAAACGGAAGCGAGAGGCAGAUGCCCCGACACCGAUGGAGAGGUUCCACCUCGGGUGCUUGUGGGUCUCUGACCUGUCCACGCAGAGCUGGUGCGAGCAGCAGAUGGUGUAUAGGAAGGAGCGUCCAGGCUUCCCGUCGGCGGAGAAGGCCGCUGUGCUGGAUGCUGGGGCCAGUAUCCACCUCGCCAGAGAGCUGGAGCUCCAUGACCUUGUGAACAUCCACACCUCCACUAAGGAAGAUGCAUGGGCAGUGAAGCUGCUGAAUGUUCUAUCUAUGGUACCCGUCCUGCAGUCAGGUGGGACAAUCCGGGAGUUCCCGGUCUUUGGGGAAAUAGAAGGGGUGUUCCUGGUUGGGGUAAUUGAUGAGCUGCACUACACUUCGAAAGGGGAGCUGGAGCUGACUGAGCUGAAAACUCGCAAGCGAGCCGCGAUGCCGCUGGCGGCUCAGAAGGAGAAGGACCGUUUCCAGCUGCCCUUCUUGUGUGAUUUUCUCCCAUUAGAGGACCAUCUUGUUUGUUUAUAUUUGUACCUUCAACUCUCAGUACUGUUCCAGGUCAGCCUCUACAAAUGUAUCUUUGAUGCCAUGGUGUGGGGACAGGUGACGUCUGCCAGCCUGGUUCACCACAUGAAGCUUUCCCCAGAGAUGCUGCUGGGGCCCCAGGUACACAGUCACGCCCGACAAGGGGGCUUCACUGUGAUGUCCUUCGGAGAUCUCCUGGAGCUGACUUUCUUGUCCCUGAGUCUGUCUGACCUCCCGGUCAUUGACGCUCUGAAGAUAGAGUAUAGCCACCAGGAGACGGGCACCGUGCUGGGCACGGAGAUGGUGGUCUUUGAGGAGAAACAGGUGAGGGACAAACUUCGACACCACCUUGGGUACUGGACAGGACUCAGGGAGCCCCGGGGAGUGGAUGUGAAGGAAGCAUGGAAAUGCCGGAUGUGUGACUACGCUGCCAUCUGUGAAUGGAGGCAGAGCGGGGGGACGAGGACGUUGAGCCACGAGCAGCAUGCCAAGAAGAUGACCAAGUGAAGGGACCGGGCCAAGUCCGGCAGGGCCAGUCCCCUCCAGUCCAAGAGGAGUCCUUGGCUGUCCCUGACCAAGAGCCCCAUGGGAGGAGUUGGCUGGGGAGAAAUUGUGAGCCUGACUUUCUGACCCACAGCCCUGCCUGAUUUCUCGGGCUCUGGUUCCUUACAGAUACAUAACAGGGGCCUCAGGGAUUAUGAGAAACACAGAUUCCCCCUUUUCUUAGGGGUGAGUACUGAGGAAGGGUCUGGCUCCUCCCCCAGAGUGCUGCCACCCUUAUCCUGGGAGGGGCUGCUCGGGGACUGCCUAAGUGGCCUUCUGGGAUGGCGAGGAUGGAGGAGGCCACACUCUAGGGGGAGUUGGACCUUUUUUGUUUUCCUUAAAAAAAAUUCUGCUUCCUUAUUCUUCCCCAAUAAAGACUUUUUGAUUUUUCCAAAG